AUGCCGGAAGCACCUAACAAAUCAUCUUUGAGAAACGCAAGAAACAGACGUAAAGGUAUUAUAAUAGCUUCAUCCGUCUUGGCAGCUAUCGUAGUUAUCGUUCUAGUUGUAGCUUUACCAGUUACUCUCACACGUAAGAACAAUAACAACAGCAGCCAGGCAGAUGAACCAGUCAGAAACCACGAAGGAAAUCUCAUCCAGACAUCCGGUGGUGAUGGCUCAGAAGUCACUCUCGACGAUGGUAAUACAUUCACUUACAAUAAUGCUUUCGGAGGUCAUUGGAAUAGUCUCCCAGGUAACACCGACGCUCAGUCACAAUCGUACACACCUCCACUUAGUGAGAGGUGGGACUUCAACAACGACAAGAUUCUUGGUGUAAACCUUGGCGGUUGGCUCGUCUUGGAACCAUUCAUCGUCCCAGGAUUGUACGAAGAAUGCGAGAAUAUCGAUGAACCAUGCGUCGAUGAGCUCACUUUAUCAAAUUACUACAGAUCACAAGGUAAACUUGAAGAAGUCCUCGAAGAACAUUAUUCAACAUUCAUUACUGAGAAGGAUUUCGCAGAUAUUGCAGCAGCUGGAUUGAAUUGGAUCAGACUUCCAAUUCCAUUCUGGAUGAUCGAGACUAUUGACGGCGAGCCUUUCUAUGAAGGUGGUGCAUUCAAGUACUUCGAAAAUGCCGUCAAAUGGGCUCGUAAAUAUGGCUUACGUAUCAACCUCGAUUUACACACUGUACCUGGUAGCCAGAAUGGUUUCAACCACAGUGGUAAACUUGGCGAGAUACACUGGAUGUCUUCUCCAAUGGGUGUCGUUAAUGCGCAGAGAACUUUGAACUACAUAAGGGCUAUAACUGAAUUGAUUUCAGACGACGAUUACAAGGACGUUGUACAGAUGCUUUCAGUUAUUAACGAACCAUUCGGUCCAACUAUCGGUAAAGCUUCCGUCGCAUCAUUUUACUUUGAAGCAUACAAGAUGAUUAGAGAUAUCACUGGUAUUGGUGAAGGUAAUGGUCCUUGGAUUGCUUUCCACGAUGCCUUUUUAGGCGGUCAAACUUGGAAUGAUUUCCUUAGAGGUGCUGAUAGAGUUGCUUUGGAUACCCACCCAUACGUCGCUUUCAAUGGUCAGAAUCAAGACCCUAUGGAUGAGCAAGUAUGGAAGCCAUGUGCUGCUUGGGGUGAAUCAACAAACAACACUAUGGCAGACUACGGUGUAACGUUCGCAGGCGAAUUCUCAUUAGCUAUCAACGAUUGUGGUACAGUUAAUGGUGUCAACGACGGUACACGUUAUGAAGGUACAUACAUUGAUAAGGAUGGUAACAGACCUGAACCUGGUUUCGGUGAAGGUGCCUGUGAUAGAUUCAACGACUGGCAAAACUGGGAUGAUGAAUUCAAAUCACAACUGAAAGGAUUCGGAUUAUCAUCUAUGGAUAGUCUUCAGAACUACUUCUUCUGGACUUGGAAAAUCGGUGAUAGCAGCCGCACUCACGCACCAAUUAACCCAUUCUGGUCUUAUCAAUUAGGUUUGAAAGAAGGCUAUAUAACUGAAUCACCACAUACUGAACCAAGCGGAACCUGUGAAAUGUAUUCAAAACAGGGUGACGACCGUCAAUGGGUUACAAAUGAUGCUCCAGCUACUUUCCCUGAUUGGAUGCUUGGUAAAGAAGGUGCAGGCGUUCUUUUCGGCGAUCAAUCAGAAUAUCAAGAUUUCCCACCUAAUUCGCUCAACAACAUAAAUGAGCAAGACAUGCAAAACAUACCAACUUAUGAGAAGAAUGGACUAAGAAUCCAACUUCAUCCAUUACCAUUCACAUAUAUAGAUGAGAAUGGCGAGCAACAGUCUGUUGAAGGAAGUGAUGGCUGGUUUAAUGACGAUGACAACAGUCCAUUCUAUUCACCAAAGGAAGAUUGUGACAGAUACAGAUCACCUUACUAUGAUGGUGACAUGAUCCCAGGCACUUGUUAA